UUUCCCACUCCCUCUUCUCUAAAAACAGCUUUUCGCAGGCAGAAUAAACAUUCUACUCUUUUGUUCGUUCUUUGGGCAAAACAGUUAAAACAUCUUUUCUUGGGUCAGAAAAUUUGCCUCCUAACUAACAGUCUGUGGCUCCAUUUUUUUUACAUUAAUUCUUAAUUCACAUAAUUCAACCCCUGUUCACUCCUUGUACCGAAUCACUGUGACUUUAUCUUUCUUGUUGCCCUCAUUUCUCUAUAGCUGAUGAUCAGAAAGUUCCUCUUUAAUAUCCGCUGGCUUUGAGAAAUGUCUGGAAGAAUAGUAUCUUCCGAAAAUUUUCAAGUGCAGAAGCAGAUUGGUUGUAUUAAUGGGUUUUUUCAGCUAUUUGACAGACACCAUUUCCAAAGUCACAAAAGGCUACUAUUCUCAGGUGCGAUGAACGAUAUGGCAGCCAAAUAUGCAACAGAAAUUGAAAUAGAAGCGAUCACAGCAAGAGAGUUGCCCUCAAACGAAACAUCGAAAGCCUCCUCCUGCUCUUUUUUAAGUCCAUCUACUUCUUCAACACUGCAAGAUAACAAAAGAGUACAACGAGCGCCACUUUGUCAUUCUCUAAGUAACUUAUCAGAAUCUCCUUCACAAAUCCUACCAGCCAAGCGAUCAAGUCUUUCUCAUUCAGGUCGACACUCUCCUGAUCUCCGAGAUGUAGUUAAGGACUCAAUGUACAGGGACGCCCGCAGUUUAUCUGUAAAAACUGUUGCUAAAGUAGAAGGUAGAGUCCACGUGAUGAAGCACAGAGAUUCUCCGAGGCCUCUUCAGCACUCGAAUUAUGGGAAGGCAUCCAGUGGAACAGCACGCGGUCCUGCAAAGCUUUGUGAAGCACAUUGGAAUGCAGGGGAAGAUAAAGUUGGUUUCUUACAGCGUGCACCAAAGGAUUGUCCUCGUUUCUCAUGUGAUGGAAGAGAGUCAACAGAAACGAUGCAGUCUAUGAUGAAGCUAAAAGGUCUUCCUAGAUUGUCACUGGACAGCAGACAACAGUCCUUGAGGAGAUCAGCCUAUGAAUCCAGAUCAAAUUUUCUUUUAGGGGAUCAAGAACUGCAAUGUCGUAAUCGAUCUUCCAGUGUUGUAGCAAAGCUAAUGGGGUUGGAAGCUUUUCCAAAUUACGUUCCCUCAAAUGAUAUUGAGAUUGUGACAUCCCAUGCCAAUGAUUUAUCAAAAAGAUCAGCUGGAAAGAGUAAGAUAAAUCAAGUUACCAUGUCCCCACAGAAUCUGGAAGAGGAUUUUUCCACUCCACGAAUGAAAUCCACCAAUCCAAUCACAAGAACUGCUGCAUCUACAAAAUCUGCUCCCCGGAGGCAACCAGAGGCCAAUCGGACUUCCCAAAAAUCAUCUGUUAGAUGCAAGGGUAUGGAAGCUUCGCCACAGAGUGUAGAAGGUUCACCACUGAGUCCACAUCUUUCUUUCUCUGCUUAUGGCAAAAUUGAGAAACGGAUAACUAAGCUCGAGUUCAGAAGGUCCGGGAUGGAUCUAAGAGCUCUGAAACAGACACUUGAAGCCAUGCAGAAAAUAAGAGAAAAAUUAGAAGGCCAAAGAGCUCUGAGGGCAUCUGACGCGGAGUCAGUGCAGCAGGGGCAGCAACGGAGCCCACUAUCUCUGACCACAAAGGUGACUCACCUCCCAAAAAGAUUAGAAACUUCAAAUUUGACACCAAAACCAGCCAAACCAAGUGAUAAAAUCAAAUUUGCAAGUUCUGCUGCGCCAACGGCAAAUAUCUCCAAACUUCAAGAAGUUUACACUCAAGACCUUGUAUAUAACAGAGAUGACAUAGUUGACAAGAAAACAUCCAAAGGUAUGACACCUAGAGCAAAUAAUGUUGCAGGCUCUGGUUGGCAUCUUACUUCCCCAGAUAAGAAGAUAGGAAGAACAUCAAAGGCAGUGCAAACAACAUCUCGUCAACGAAGGGAAGGAACUUUCAAUCCUGCACUAGGAAAGAGUUAUGGAACUUUAAGUCCAAGACUACAGAAGAAACAAGAGGGCAUGGACAAACAAGCUUGUCAGACCAUUCAAUCAUCAGAAACCAGCAAGGUUAGAAGGCAAUCAAUUAAGCAAAUUAGAGAAUCAGGCUCUUCAAAAAGGAACCAGAAAGUAAAACCUAGCAAUAUGAAGCAAGCUGAUGAUCUAAAUGAAAUCAGCAAUUACAAAAGAAAUUUCAGUGAGCAUAGUGGUGCAGUUUCUGUGCUAUCGGAAAUCGACAACAGUUUGGCGUCACAUGCAAAAACAGAAUCAAGCACAAAUUGUUCCUUCCAGAUUGAUGCUAAGAGGCAAGAGGACAAUAAAGAAAGAGGUGACACAUUGAGGCUUAGUGAAGACGCACCAACGAAUGAGCUUGCAAUAGUGACAGUUGAACAACUAAGUCCUGUCUCAGUGCUUGAUACUAUAGUCUAUGUCGAAGAUUCACCAUCUCCAGUCAAAAAGAAGAUUGUGACUGCAUUUAGAGAUGAUGGGUUUGCAGUACCUGAUGUUUGGUAUCGAGAUGACCUAGAUCAUUCACCUUACAGGACCAGACUUGACCUUGGCGUCGAGUCCAACCAUAAGAUAUUAGAAAGCAAGGAUGAAUUGGUUCAUGAGCUCAGAAAACCAAACUCCACCAUCCACAAAGCAAACAUGGAUCAACUUGCAUCCUUAUGCCAGAACCACAAUCCAGACCACAGAUACAUCAGUAAGAUACUACUGGCAUCUGGCCUUCUAAAAGAUGUGGACUCCAUGUCCACAACCAUUCAGCUUCACUCACCCAGCCAUUUGAUCAACCCAAAGUUGUUCGACGUCGUAGAGCAGACUGAGGAAAGCAGUUUGCUAGCAACUGAAGAACACAGUGAAGAGAUUGCUCAGAUAAAAUUUGAUCAUAAGACAAGAAGGAAGAUCAUAUUUGACACCAUCAAUGAGAUUCUUGUCCGCAAACUAGGUUCGGAUAACAAUUUAAUGCAGAAUAAGUGUUGGAAUGCGACGCAGAUUCUGAAAGAACUGAAGUCAGAGAUAGACCAUUUCAAUUCUAAAAGAGACGCUAGCAUGGAUUCUAAAGAUGAUGAAUUGAUCAGCAUUCUAGAUAAAGAUAUGAUGCAUCAAUCAGAAGAUUGGACAAAUCAUCACAAUGAGAUCCCAGUGUUGGUAUUGGAUGUUGAGCGCUUAAUAUUUAAAGACCUGAUUAAAGAAAUCAUUGGUGAUGAGACUACCGAACAGCAUAAAACACCAAGACAGCAUUGUAGAUAACUAUAUACUAAGAAAAUUCUCAAGCUUAUGUGCUUUUUUUCUUA